AUGAAGUAUUUCUACUGGGUUCUUGUUUUGAUCAGAAUUAAUUUAAUCUAUGCCCAGCAAUAUUAUGACCCAUUAGAUUGCCCUUCCAAUGAAACCAAUCCAGGUACCAGAUAUACAUGUAGUGUAUUUCAAGAUUCGUGCAAAACAUUUCUUGUGUACAGAGCUAACCAACAAUUCCAGGCUAUUUCAAGAAUCUCAAAGUUGUUCAGUAUCAACUCUGGUGCUUUGCUUCAGUUGAACAAUCUUACAUCUUUUUCUGAGUUGCUCAAACCAGGUAGAGAUGUUCUUGUUCCCAUAAACUGUUCUUGCUCGGGUCAUUUUUUUCAGGCAAAUUUUAGCUAUACAGCUCCUGAAACCACAUCACUAACAGAGGUUGCUUGUGGAGUUUUUGAAGGGCUAGUUAAAAUGGUUACUCUUUCUUUGGAAAACCCAUUUGGAAAAAACAAUGUCAAAGCUGGUUCCAAGCUUCACCUGCCUUUGAAGUGUGCUUGUCCUGAUAAUUUCACAAGUGGUAAGGGAAUAAAGUAUUUAGUGACAUACCCUUUAAUUGAAGGUGAUAAAACAUCUGAUUUGACUAAGAAAUUUGGUAUCUCACCUGAUGAUUUAUCUGAAGUCAAUCGUUUGGGACCUGGCGCGCCAACUAUUUUUACACAGACAACUAUUUUAGUUCCCUUAAGAGCUGAUUCUGUCAUAAAUUUAAAUAUCCCAGGUUCCCCAUCCCCAGCUCCUAGUUUUCUUCCAACAGUUACAGUAGAAAAACCAAAAAAAAAUUCAAAACGUAGGAAGGUGUUUAUAGCCGGAUCUAUUAUCGGGAUAUUUCUAGUACUUGUACUAUUGAUAGCUUCUGCAAUGUAUGUAAAAGCCUUGAUGAAAAUGAGGAAGAGCAACAAGUACCAUUCCUUCACUAGUAGAAGUUCUCCAAUCUCUUCAACUGCAGUAAACUCUCCUAAGUCCUGUACUGCUAGGAGCUCUACGUGUUUAUCACCUGACCUUCUUGUUGGGAUAAAAUUUUCUUUAUUCAGCUAUAGCAUGGAAGAGAUUAAGAGAGCCACAACGGAUUUCUGUGAGGAGAACAAGGUUUGUUCUCAAGUCUACAAGGGCACUAUGGAUAACGUUAAAGUUAUUAUCAAGCAGAUGAGAUUUGAAGACACUCGCCCGGUUAUUGAUGUACACUCGAAAAUCAAUCACAUCAAUAUUGUCAAGUUGCUUGGUGUUUGUUAUGGAGAAAGUGAUUUUUCCUGGUGUUACAUAGUAUUUGAGUACCCUGGAAAAGGCUGCUUGAGGGAUUGUUUAUCUAAUCCAACAACUCCUCUUAGGUGGCAUCAACGAACACAGAUCGCCUUUGAUAUCGCAACUGGCCUUCAUUACUUAAACUUCUGUACAUUUCCUUCCUAUGCUCAUAUGAAUUUGCAUAGCAGAAACAUUUUUGUUACAUCCAAUUGCAGAGCAAAGCUGGGAGACAUCGGAUCCACUCCUUUUGGAGCAUCUUCGAAAGGAAAUUAUUGCAACAACCGAAGUGUUCGAGAACCGGAGUACCUUCCACAUAGCUCAGCAACAGAUAAGAUCGACAUUUUUGCAUUUGGAAUUGUCCUUCUUGAGCUCAUCUCAGGUAGAGAGUGCUAUGAGGAAACAUCAUUUAGAGAGUCCAUUAGAUUCUUGGGAGGGGGAGCUAGUGAAGGUGGCUGCUUUGAACAACUGAAGAAUUUCAUGGAUCCAUUUCUUAAAGAGGAUUAUUCUCUUGCGGAAACUUUAUGUUUAUCUGUUCUAGCCAAGUCUUGUGUGGAAGAUGACCCUCUUCACAGGCCAUCUAUGGAGGAUAUCAUCAAAGUUCUUGCCAGAAUGGUGUAUUCAUUCUAA